ACGUCGUCGCGAACGCACGCUUGGAGCGCAUCUAACGCGUAGCUAAUUCGGCAAACAGUCGCGUGUCUCUUCGUUUCGAAUUCGGUUUUGGUGUCGGUUUCGGUUUCGUUUUCGGUGCGGUUCGAUCGUGUUUGGCUGCAAUUGAGGCGCUUUUCUCGGCAAUUGCAUUCGGCAAUCGUUUUGAUUGAUGAACUCAACUGAACUGAACCCAGUUGUCCACUCGGACUCGUUCAGUGCAGUCGGUGAAUCGCGCGUGUUGUCAAUCUUGAUGGGCGGCCACAGGCUUCACUCUGUAACCGUUGACAAUUCAAAUCGAAAACUCAAAUCAAAAUCCAAAUACUACUAAAAAUCAAAAGUAUCCGGUGUGCAAUCAAAUUUUUUGUGUGCUAUCCAAUUUGUUCUUAUUACCGUCGCGUUGUGACGCUUUCGCUUUCGGUCAUUUUGUGUCCCGGGGUUUUAUAGCGGUCCCUGCAGGCGCUUCCUUCUAAUAACCCUCCAGUCAACAACGGCCAAAAAAACAAACAAAAAGACAAAUACAAAUAUAUUGAUACAAAUAUAUACAUAUAUAUACACGCAUAUAAAACAAGUUCAAUUCGCAUUUCAAAAUGUUUAUCGAGUUCGCGUUGUCGUACGCCACCAGCCCCCGCUUAUGGCCAACCCCCAGCUCAGACCCAGCGUCGUCGUGUGCUUUGCCUUCAUAAAUUAUACAAGCGCAUUUCUGUGAACGACUUGCAAAUAAAUAAGCAUUUACGCUUUUAUUAUUGUGCCGAAGUGUGUGUGCACUCGCGGGUGUGUGUGCGUGUGUGUGUGUGAGAGAGUCUCGCUUGUUCUGCAGAAAUCGGUCCCAUGCGGCGCAAAGUUGCCCAAACGCAAACCCAACCGAAAGCAACAACAACAAAAGGCAAAGCGAGCAGCUGCCAGUGCUUAUAAGUAAUAUCAUCUUUAGCAUACAAUCAUAUUUGGUCUCUCGUUCGGUCUUGAUUUGUGUGUGCCGAUAGCGACGCGAUCUGUGAAUCUGUAAAUCUGUGAAUAUCAUCAUAAGAUACAAGCACAAAUAUACUUUAGCUCUUGUGGCUCUCACGCGAAAAAUGCUGACAAUAUUGUAUGACGACGCGGCGCAUACGCAAUUUGCUUAAAUUUCAAAGAGGUGACAAAAACAAACAAAGAAACGGCCACAAUAUGAAUUGCCUGUGCCGACCUUCGCGAAUAAUGUCCGUGCGCAUUAACUUGCUGGAUGAAACCGACUUUAUACACGAAAUCAAGGAUGAUUUGCCGGGCCAAGCGCUGCUGGAUGUCGUUUUUGCCAGGCUCAAUUUAAUCGAGACUUCAUACUUUGGCAUACGCUAUAUAGACGAUGAGAAUCAAACGCACUGGCUGGAUCCAGCGUCACGCAUCUCUCGCCAACUGAAACCCAAAUCGGAUCCAUAUGAUUUGUAUUUCGGUGUCAAAUUCUAUGCCGCCGAUCCAUGCAAGUUGCUCGAGGAAAUUACGAGAUAUCAACUUUUUUUGCAAGUCAAACAGGAUGUGCUACAGGGCCGUCUGCCCGUGGCCUUUGAGCUGGCCGCCGAGCUGGGCGCCUUUGUGGUGCAAUCCGAAUUGGGUGACUAUGAUCAGCGACGCCAUUCAAAGGGCUACGUCUCGGAGUUUCGCCUGCUGCCCAACCAGAGCAGCGAGCUGGAAACCCGCGUUUCGGAGCUGCAUCAACAGCUGAAGGGCAUGUCGCCAUCCAGCGCGGAGCUGAACUAUUUGGACAAAGUCAAAUGGCAUGACAUGUAUGGCGUUGACUUGCAUCCCGUGCUGGGCGAAGACAGUGUCGAGUACUUUCUGGGCCUGACGCCUAGCGGGAUUGUCGUGCUGCGCAACAAGACGACGGUGGCUCAUUACUAUUGGCCGCGCAUUGCCAAAGUUUAUUAUAAAGGACGCUAUUUUAUGCUCAGGAUAAGCGAUAAAAAUAAUGAGCUCAGCACUUAUGGCUUCGAAACUCCACGCAAAUCGGCGUGCAAACAUUUGUGGAGAUGCUGCGUGGAGCAUCAUGCGUUCUUUAGACAGGUGCGCGUUGCGCCGUUGCCCAAUUCCCAGUCACACGCAGCGGAUUUGUUUCAACUGGGCUCCCGCUUCAGACACAGUCGUACGGACAAGCAAAUGGAGAAGGAUGCACUUGCCGCCGGACGCGCGCCGCCCGCCUUUACGCGCGUACCCUCCAAGCGCCAGCCCCGACGCGUGAUUGAUGACUUUUUUAACAGCAACGGCGGAGGUGGAGUUGGAGGCGGCGGCGGCGGCGUCGGCGUCAGCGUCGGCAACAUCCUCAUUGGCAACCGCCCUCUGCCGCAGCCGUUGCCGCUGCAGAGCUUGGCCAACAGCAAUGCGAACGCCAACGCCAACAACUACGACAGUCCCUACCGCUCCACGUAUAGCAUACCCACUAGCCUGGGCGUGCGUCCCAGCCAGUCCUCGCAGCAGAACAACAACUCCAGCAGCUACAACAACAAUGGCAGCAAUUUGCAGACACCUGACUCGCCGCGCAGCACGCGCAGCGCUCCCUGGCCAAGAUCCCAGCAGCGUUCGCUCUUUGGCCACAAUCCCUCAAGCCCGCGCUCUGUGCGUUCGGUGAGCACCACAGGCGGUGGGCUGCAUCAUCACCACAGUCAUAGCCACGGCCAUGGUACAAGUCAUCAUCAUCAUCAUCAUCAGCAGUCGUCAUCGUCGUCGCAUCAUCAGCAUCGGCAGCAGCGCGCCAGCUCCUCAUCCGCCUCGCAACAGCAGCAGCGAUAUCGCUCCAGCUCCGUAGAGAGUCAUUCAUCAAACGAUUCGCGCUCCACGCGCCGACACAAGCAACGCCAUCGUCGCACCUCGGACAAUGAGAGCGAGCUGUCACGUGGUUCGGGUCGCUCUGGUCGUUCGCAUCAUCGCAAGCACCGUCGCUCGCAUCGGCAUCGACGCGACUCGGCUGGUGGCUCAGAUCAUGACAGCACCAGGGGACGCAGUUACUCAGGCCAUCGCAGCUCCUCGAUGCGCAGCGGCAGCGCUGAGUUGAUUGACUCCACCACGCAGUGGCGUGAGGUGCAACGGCGGCAGGCGGAGGCAAGCCUGGGCCAGAGCUCCGUGCAGCAGGCGUCCGUGUCCAAGAGCAGCAUGGUGGCUCGCAGUCUGCACAGCAACGAUAGCCACUCGGACACGCACUCGCAUCACAAGUCCCGUCGGCAUCGCAAGAACAAAUCUCCCUCGGAGUCGCGUAGUCGCAUGUGGAACAGCGAGCUGGCCAAGCAUUUGCAGUUCGAUCUGGUGGACACCGAGGGCAUGUCGGAGCAACAGUUGCGCGAGAUACCCUACACCGUGGUGGAGACGACCUCAAAGCGCUCCAACUCCAAUCUCAAGAUACACAAGAGCAACAGCAAGAGCAGCGUGGGCGCUAAGAGUACCGGGUCGGGUAAUACCAUCACGAAUGGCAGCGGCCCGGCCAGCGCUGGGCAGGCCAAGAAUCGCGUAGAUCGGAUUAGAGGACUCUACUACCAAAGCUCUCAUCCGCAUGAUAGCAAUGUCGGCGGCGUGGGCGGUGGCGGAGGCGGCGGUGCACCCAAGAACGGCUCCAUAUGCUCGGCCAGCACGAUCUCCUCGCGUGAAUGCGAGCGCAACAAUGGGCAUGGUCUAGUGCGCAUGAUGUCCAGCAUGAGCAUGGGCGACUUUAUCUCACCCACGGGCUCCAAUCUGAGCCCCUUGGAGAACUCAGCGUUACGCGUUUCGCACGAGCACACGGAUUCAGGUCUUGGUGCUGACCAGGAUUACGCCUACUCUUCGGAACGAUCCAGCGAUAGCACACGCUAUGGCACCAAUAAAUCCUCUGGCGCCUCCAGUGGCAGUCAUCGCAAGUCCGUUGGCAGCGCCGGCGGUGGUGGUGGUGGUGGCAACAAUGGUGGCUACAACAGCCUCAUGCAACAGACUGUGAGUAAUCAGCAACAGCAGCAACGCUCAUUAUUCGCACAACAGCAACGCCAACAGAAGCCCAAUUACAAAUACGCUUCCUCCUCGUCCACUAACCCGAAUCACAAUCCAAACUUAAACCUGGCGCCGGUGCAUAGCGCAUCCGCCUCAGCUACUAACUCAACGCCGCCGACAAGUUCGGCCGGUGGCAGCGGCAGCGGCAACGCCAGCAGCAGUAGCAACAUCGGCGCCGGCAAUCGCCUGCUUAACUACACGACCUUUGAGAACAAUCAGUACAAGUUCAGUCUGAACAAUGCGCUGGGCAAGGGUCCAGGCGGUGCCGGCGGCGGUGUUGCGAGCAGCAGCAGCAGCAAUCUUACGGGUAAUAUGGUGUCAGCUAGUGGUGGUGGUGGUGGUGCUUUCAGCAGGCAGCGCAGUUUUGUAGAGUGGCCCAACAAUCCAGCUGCUCCGUACUAUUACCAAGGGCCAUCCUCCAGUGCGGCGCAGGUCAAGCGGCGCGAUGCCAAAUCGGAUAUUGGCGUGCCUACGCGUCGUUUAUCCGGUCAAAGUCUGACUAAGACGCAGCUGCUCACGGGCGGGGCAGCUGGUGGUAGCUCUCAGCUGGCCAACGCCAGCUGCUAUCCCAUGCACUAUGCCAGCAGCAGUGUCUCCAGUGCUGGCUACAAUCGUGCGCCGGGCCAGCGCGUGGCUGGCGCAUCGCACGUUGGUGGUUUUGGUCUGCAGCCGGCCAAAUCAGAUCUUUUCUUGUCCUAUAUACAUGGCGGCGAAUACGAGCGUCCCUACAUCUACAACUACAAGAUGCCACAGAUGCCGCCAGGCAUGGCCAACAACAGCACUGGCUCCGGCACCUGCUCCGGCUCCGUCUCCGGCACCGGUUCAGGCACUGGCUCGCCCAAGCAACUGGCCAGCGCGUAUCACAUUUCGGGCGCACAGACAGCGGAUCCGCCGCCACCGCCGCCGCCUUUGUACGGCGGCUCGGCGCCCGCCAACGAUGUCAUGUACUAUCAGUUUGACAAAGGCGUCGCCGUCAUGCCCGCACAGCAGCCGCCCAUUGUACAGCAGCCCAAGGCGGCAGCAGCAGCGGGCGCUGGCGGUGGCGGUGCCAGUGGGCCAUUAGUGUAUCUGCAGCAUGGACAGAAUGUCGCGCCAUCGAAUGUCACCUCAACGCAGCAAACUGCAAUGCACUCAUCGCACUCCUGCAGUGAGGAGGAUGAGGUAAUGGCCGUUUUGGAGGCCCUUCAGCAAGAUGCAGCCACAACUAAUGAUGAAACCGAAGACACCGAUGAUGUUUAUGACGAUGAGGCCGCUGAGGCUGAGGAUAUGUUUGAUGCUGACGUCCCUUUGAUGUCGCCCACAGGCAGCCACAAUAGUGCCAGUAACUGCAACAACAACAACAACAACAGCAAUCGAAAUGCAAUAACAACAACAGUUGCAUCCAUUUCCGCUUUGGCCAAUAUUAAUCUAGAUAAUUGCAAUGCGAAUGUCUACAGUGGUCAGCAGUGUGCCAACGACACCAAAGCACAACAGCAACAUCAACAUCAGCAGCAGCAACAGCAACAGCAACAGUACCAGCAACAACAACAAGCAUUGCCAAUUACCACAGCCAACCAAACGUUAAAUUGUCCCACAUUGAAUGCAAAUAGCAAUAGCCAUAGUAGCCAAACCAACUCCAAUACGAAUGCCAAUCCGAAUCUGAAUGCGCCACCCAGUGAUCACCCAACAUCCCCCACAAACCAACAGCAACAACAAAUCACAGCAACAGCAGCAGCAGCUGCAACAGUUGCUGCCGCAACGAAUUCACUACGAACCAAUUCCAAUACGCACUCGAAUUUACAACAAACUCAAAACAUUUCCUCCAGCUUAGAGAUAAUCCUAUCGCCAAUUAUACAAAGUAGUCGCCGAGCGCAAUUGUAAGCGAAAUGAGCACAGAAUUGUGAGAAUUAGCUAAAUUUAAUUUGCAAUAGCCAACGCCCGCCUACAACGACCAUGCCCAGGCUCAGCAGCAGCAACUGCAGCACGUUUCAGUAGCUUCUGC